UAUUGAUACCUUUAUCUCUAAAGGGUGAUUUAUGUUUAAAAUAUUGAACAUUCCUUGUGUUCUAUAGUUACUUCAGAUAAAGAUAACAUGUCUAGGGACAAAACUUAUUGAACACUUACUACAAGGAUAAAAAGAUUGAUUCAAUUGUAACUUAAAAGAAAUCAGUGUGUCUUCCUAAAUACAGUGAGCAGGAAUAAACAAUAUAACCAUGGGUAUCAGCCUGUGUGUACGUUUUAUGGUGACACUAUGCUUGGUACAAGUUCCAGUGCCUGUGCUUGCUGCCGAAUGCUGUUCUAAAUAUUUCGAUGAUGGAUCAGAUCAUGCAGCAUUUUGGUGUCCCGAGUACUGCUGUUACAAAUAUUGGUCUUCUGGCCGCGAGUGCUGUAGCGAUUUCUAUAAACGAGUUUCAAGCUACGAUAGGGAAUCAUCUUGCAAUUUGCCCGCGUGGAUCCCCGCUGUAUCCUCCGUGGUUGGUAUCAUUAUACUUAUAUCCAUCGGUGUAUGUAUCUAUAAGAUGUGCUGCCAGACACGUCAUCCAGGUCACGCCAUUAUGCCGUACGGGAACCAACCCAACGUGACGGUGGUGUCGUCCAACACCGCUGCUAUGGCCCAGAUACCGGGCGGCUACGCCUAUCCACCGUACAAUAUGCCUUAUCAGCCCCAAGCCCCAUGGCCCGGAUCGUACCAGGAAAAUAGUGGGGCCGGACCAGCGUUCCCACCACCAUACGAGGGAACAUCCACAAAGCAAUAGAUUCUUAAACAGAGUACUAUUCUGCUUCAAGGAGCGGUUUUCAAUUUAAUUACUCUCAUGUGUGUUUAAUUGUCAAAUAUAGUGUACUAAAGUGUUUCAGUGACACAGUUAUUUGUGUGUGCUUGUCAAAUACGCCAUUUUCAUUUACUAUAUAUGUGCCUUCGAAAUUGAUUAAUACCGAAUGAAUAAUCGUACUUCCGUCGUCUUGAAUCCUCCAUUUAACGAGGCAGGACGAUGUUGUCGUUUUCAAUUAUUAUAUAGAAAAUAUAAGUAUAAUAAUAAAAAUCAUAAUCUAAUCAGCUUAGUUUAUAAAUUGAACUUUUAUUUGUUUUUUGGUAUAGUUAAAUAUAGUUAACACAUUUAUGCCUAGUGGACUCUCCCAUCCUUCUAAAGUGGAUCAAUUUAUUUCCAAAAUUAGGGAUGUCUAGUAUAUUUAUUUCUAUAUUCAGAAUAUUUCUUACAGAAAUACCUUUAAGCAAGCAGCGCAGACCCUGAUGAGACGCCGCAUCAUGCGGCGUCUCAAUUGGGUCUACGCUGUUUGCCAAGGCAUUUUUUCUAAACGCUAGGCGUUAAUGGGUUAAUAUUUGAGACAGCGAAACUAUCAAAACUAUUUAAGGUAGCGCACCCUUAAAGAUUUCCCACGAUUUCUUCGAAGGUUAAAGAGCCUAAUAUUAGGUGCCGUAGCCUUGUGGUUAAGAUUUUCCCGAGCAGGUUCGAAUCCUGCCGACGACGUAUACUUUUUUGCGACGGGUUUUAUUUAUUUUCUAACGUAAAUUGAUUUAAUAUGGCAUAUAAGCUAUGUUCAUUGUUAAAUAUGUUGCAAUUUUUAUGCACAUUCUUCAAUUUCUAAAAUUAAAAGAACGUUAUGGCUAAAUUGGGUGAUUUACUGCUUAAAAUACGAACCAUGCAUGUUGCAUUUUUAUUUUUAUUUCAAAAAGUAAACGGUAAGUCUGUA